AUGGCCGGCAACAGUCUCCUCUCCCUCCUGGGAUGGACGUUCCUCCCAAAUCUCGUCACGGGCUGGUUGCAGUCCAUCUACUACGGCCUGACGAUCCGCGCCGGCGACCCCAAACCCGCGCCGAACUCACACCGGUACAUCGAGCACCGCCGCCGCAUCCACAUCCUCGUCGUGUCACUGUACCUCCUCUACACCGUCUACGAGGCCGACUGGGAGCUGCGCCGCGCCUCUGACUACUACACCGACCUGGGCGUGUCCCUCUCCGCCUCCGAACGCGAGAUCAAGAGCCGCUUCCGCCGCCUCGCCGCCCUAUACCACCCGGACAAGCUGAUGAACGCCGGCGCUGGCGCCGGCGACGACACCUCCAGCCUCUUCAUCCACCUCAAGACGGCGUCUGAUACCCUCGUGGACCCGGCGCGACGUUUCGCCUACGAGCGCUUCGGCCCGGACGUCCUCGGGUGGAAGCACUGCGUCACCGUGAGGGAUUAUGUUGGCCGCGGCGCGCAGGCCCUUGUGCCGUACUACGGCUUCGCUGCCGUAGCCAUGUACGUGCUCGGCCUCCUAGGGUACCUAGAAUGGGGGCGGUACUGGCGCUGGCUGACGCUCGUCGUGCUCUGCGUCUUCGAGCUGCACACCAUCACGCGGCCCGCAUUCCCGCCCCUCCUCGACCUCCUCGUCAAUCCCUUCCUCACCCGCUUCACCGCGCACCCGCCAUACUUACCCUUCCAGACCAUCUCUCUCGCGCGCAAGCUCAGCAUUACCCUCCACAUUGCCUUCUCGCAGAUCGGCCCCCUCUUACGACCCCCGCUGGCGGCAACGGCCCAGCCCGGCAUCCGUCCCGCCGAGGCCCCCGAGAAGGCCCUGCUCGAGAGUCUCGACCGCCUUGAGCAGACUGCUCGCGGCAUGGACGCCGAGGCGACGCGCCUCAUGGAGCUCGAGAUGGCGCCCUUCGCCGGGGACGCCCAAGUGAUAGCAAGCAUGCGGACAAAGCUCAAGGAGUGGCUGGUACAGAACACAAUCCGCGCGGAUCCCAUGGUUAGGGAUGCGCUAGGGAGGUCGUUGCAGAAGCGGCGAGUAGACGCGCCUGCAGGGGCUAAGGGGAAUAGAUGA